AUGACAAACUCUGGUAAUGUGGCUAACUCUGACACAGCCCGAGGAGAAAUGAGCAGUUAUUCUGCUCUUGAUAAUAGCAGUCAGUACUAGUUAUGGAGGCAUUGACAUUCGGGCAUUAAUGAUAGCAAUGACAAUUAUAUCAAUCUUGAUGAUGGAAGUGGUGAUGACAGUGAUGGUUACAAUGGUAAUGGUAAUGAUGAUGGUGGUGACUGUGGUGAUAAUGGCAAUGGUAAUAAUGGUGAUGACAAUGGUGGUGAUGGAAGUAAUGGUUAUAAUCAUGAGAAUGAGAGUGAUGGUGGUAAUGGUGAUGACAAUGGUGGUGAUGGAAGUAAUGGUUAUAAUGAUGAGAAUGAGCGUGAUGGUGGUAAUGCUGAUGAUAAAAGCGAGGACAGCAUUGGUGGUAAUUAUGGUGAUGAUGCGUAUCCCUAA